AUGGCAGCGUUAAAAGAAAUUAUGAUGAGGAAAGCCCAAGAACUGUCAAAGAACGUGUUCCACAAAAAUGGUUCACACACUUCAAGGAAGCUUCCCGUCUCGUUACCUCUACAGGCUUUCAAGAACUCACCUGCAGAUUAUGGCUUAUUAAAAAAGCUUUCCCAGCAAAAGUCAAAAAUUCCGGAAGCGUUGCAGAUAGGACGUUCUUUGCUGUUAUAUUCUCUUCUCCAAAACCUGGAUCCAAAGAAUAUGGAGAAUGUUAAGAUGCUAACAGUACAUACUAAAUCUGAUCAUUUGAAUAAUAAAAAUAUUAUGGAAGAUGUUAAGAAGGUAACAGAACGUCCUAAGUCUGACGUCUUGAAGAUUAAACAUAUUAUGGAGAAGGUAACUGAACUUCCUAAGUCUGCCGUCUUGAAGGAUUCAAAGAUUAUGGAGGAUGUUAAGACGCUAACAGAACGUCUUAAAUCUGACGUCUUGGAGAAUAAAAAUAUUAUGGAAGAUGUUAAGAAGGUAACAGAACGUCCUAAGUCUGACGUCUUGAAGGAUUCAAAGAUUAUUGAGGAUGUUAAGACGCUAACAGAACGUCUUAAAUCUGACGUCUUGGAGGAUCCAAAGACUAUGGAGAAUGUGAAGAAGCUAACAGAACAUUAUAAAUCUGAUGAUGUUUUGAAUGAUUUAAAGAAUAUGGGGGAUGUUAAGAAGCCAACAAAUCAUCCUAAAUCUGACAUUUUAAAGGAUCUCAAACAUAUUAAGUAUGUUAAGAAAUCUCAUAAGAAGCUUGUUAAGGACCCUGUUAAGCAUCAUAAAUAUUCGCUUUCCAAGAAUUUAUCUGAGGCUCUUAACGCAUCAAAAAAUCUUUUUAAACAAUUAUCACUAGCUUCGGAAGCGCAUCGUAAUGUUCUUAGUGAUCCACUAUUCAAAUACACUAUGAGGUUACCAGAAUGCAAACGUUUGAUUAUCAUACUUACGGGCAUUGCAGUAUUACCAUGUAAGAGAUUUAAACUCAGUAUUGUGCAAGGUAAAAUAUCACCUCUAAUUUUUGACUUCCGCUGGAAAAAUAAACUUCCAUCGUUUAAUCAAGGAACCAAGAAAUUGACAUUUCAUUGUGCUGACACAUUUCAGAUUAUAUUGACUACAAGUCCACAAAGCAACAAGGUUUCUGUUGACGGGCAGAUUAAGAAAAUAUUCACAAAUCGACAUCCUGUCUUAGGGGGACGCCUGAAGAUUAUAGGAGAUAUUGAGAUCAUGUCCGUCGAAAUUAAGUAAAACUUUGUUCAAAACUGCCUAUCCUUCUUCUAGGUCCAGAGAAAAU